AUGUUAAAAGAUAACAUUAUUCAGGAAUCUCACUCUCCUUGGAGUGCACCGGUUCAUCUAGUACCAAAAAAAUUAGACGCAUCGGGUAUCAAAAAAUGGAGAAUGGUCAUCGAUUAUCGAAAAAUAAAGGACAUUACGACUGAUGAUAAAUAUCCUUUGCCCAACAUUAACGAUCUAUUCGACAUGUUAGGUAAAAGUACAUAUUUUACAACACUGGACUUAGCAUCAGGCUAUCACCAGAUAGAAGUCAGAGAAGAAGAUAGAUCAAAGACCGCAUUUAGUACACCUUUCGGUCACUAUGAGUUUAAUAGAAUGCCUUUUGGAAUGAAGACAGCUCCUGCUACGUUUCAAAGAGCAAUGGACAACGUGCUGAGAGGACUACAAGGAAUACAUUGUUUAGUUUAUUUGGACGAUGUCAUUAUUUUCUCAAAAAGCUUACCUGAACACAUAGAAAAACUUAAAGCCGUUUUUGAAUGA